GUUAAAUUUACAUUUUUGGCGCGCUGCGCAACAAAUGGGAAAAUAGUGCGCAGCUUUGAUGCUCUCGGGGUGAUUUUCACACAUUGAGCAAAUUGGCAAUAUGGCAACCUCCAUCGUCGGGAGACUUCUCGGGACUUCUGCAAGAAGUGUUUCAUUUAAUGGACUGAAAGCCUUCGCUCUUCACAAUGGAGCAUCAGUGAUCAGGGCUCCACGUAUGCUUCCCUGCAUUGCUGCACAAAAAGCUCUCUUCUCAAUAAGUGCUACUAGAUGGGCUCCAGCAGUCACUCAGUCAGCACCACACUUCAAAGGCACGGCUGUUCUUAAUGGAGAGUUCAAGGAAAUAAGCCUAGAAGAUUUCAAGGGCAAAUACCUUGUCCUUUUCUUUUACCCACUAGAUUUCACAUUUGUAUGCCCUACAGAGAUCAUCGCCUUCAGUGACAAGGCCAAUGAGUUCCAUGAUAUAAACUGUGAAGUAGUUGGUGUGUCUGUGGACUCUCACUUUACCCACCUGGCUUGGACCAACACCCCGAGAAAGAGUGGAGGAUUAGGGAAAAUCCACAUUCCCCUGUUGGCUGACCUCACAAAACAAGUGUCCCGAGACUAUGGGGUCUUGUUGGAGGGUCCUGGAAUUGCUUUAAGGGGUCUUUUCAUCAUUGAUCCUAAUGGAGUGAUCAAACACAUGAGUGUUAAUGACCUGCCGGUUGGGCGCUCUGUUGAGGAAACUCUCCGUCUGGUCAAGGCCUUCCAGUUUGUGGAAACCCAUGGUGAAGUCUGUCCUGCAAGCUGGACCCCAAAGUCACCCACGAUCAAGCCAACUCCAGAGGCCUCAAAAGAAUACUUUGAGAAGGUCAACUGAAAACCCAAAACUACUGGUACUAACAGAUCAUGCAAAUCUCAGCAGUUAACUGAAACAUCUUGCGCUGUAAUGCACACUAAAAUAAUUUAAGAUAAUUAUUUACAGAUCUCAGCAUAUUGGCAGUUAUUAGGGUGUAGAAUCUGUUUUGAUUUGUGUAUUUAAUAAGCUGUCUAAAUAAAAAAAGUGUAGUAUGUGUUGAA